UGCAUGGACCGAUUCACAGAACCGGACCGAACCUAACACCAAACAUUGUUGUCCCUUCAGGUUCCUCGAAACAACAUUAAAAAAAACCAUAGUUCCAGAAGAAUCAUAAAAUAUUAAUGUAUAUUUUGCUUUUUUCUAUAUUUGUUUUUUAAAAAAAAAUCAUAUGUCCUAAUAAAUUUAGUAAAGGAUAAUAUUCUCCUUUAAAAUAUUAGGAAAACAUUUCCCUCAUAAUUUGGGAUUAAUCAAAAUCUAUACAUAUAACAAUUGUAUUUCGAGAUUCAUUACCAAUUCUAUAAUAAAAAUAUUCUACUAACGCGUUUAUGAUUUUCCUAAAACUUUUCAAUUCCCAACAACGCGAUACGACCAAUAAGGCAAAUACUCGUCCAAAAUAUUCACUUCUUUAUAUACUCUCAACCUCUCACAAAUCAUUAACGCGUUUACUUUAACAAACGCUCUUUGCUUUUCUUCUUCUUCCCUUUGAUUUGAUUCAACAUUAUGGUUCUUUCUAAAAAGCUCAUCUUUUUACUAUUUGUAUCAGUUGUUUAUCUGCUUGUAGUUCCGGCAAGUGCUAUCAGAAGUUUUCUUGAAAAACCCAGAAAUGCAAAUAUCGAUGGGAGUUUAAGAUACGUUGAAUCUCCAGAGUAUCGUAAUAGCCAAGAAUGUCCAGUUACAGGGUCACAUUAUUUGAUUUGUGACCCAAAUUUGAUACAUGUAGCUAUGACUCUUGAUUCGCAGUAUUUUAGAGGUUCAAUAGCAGCUGUUCACUCUGUGCUAAAGCAUACUUCUUGUCCAGAAAAUGUUUACUUCCAUUUCGUGGCAUCAAUUAAUUCUGAUUUUCAAGAACUGACAGAGAUGGUGAAGUCUAUAUUUCCUUCUUUGAGUUUCAAAGUUUACUUCUUUGAUGAAUUUAGAGUGAAGAAAUCGAUAUCGUCUUCGAUUCGUCAAGCGCUUGAUAAUCCAUUGAACUAUGCUAGAACAUAUUUAGCUGAGAUUAUCGAGCCGUGCGUUGAAAGGGUUAUAUAUCUUGAUUCUGAUGUUGUUUUGGUGGAUGAUAUUCAGAAGUUAUGGUCUAUUUCUUUAACUGGUUCGAGAAUUAUUGGAGCUCCAGAAUACUGUCAUGCUAAUUUCACAAAAUACUUCAGUGACAACUUUUGGUCUGACACGAAAUUAUCGAAGGUGUUUCAAGGGAAAAGGCCUUGUUAUUUUAAUACAGGGGUGAUGGUUAUGGAUUUGGGGAAAUGGAGAAAGGGAGAUUAUACGUUGAAGAUCGAGAGAUGGAUGGAGAUACACAAGGAGAAAAGGAUUUAUGAAUUGGGAUCAUUGCCACCAUUUAUGUUGGUGUUUGGAGGUGAAAUUGAAGGAAUUGAUCAUAGAUGGAAUCAACAUGGACUUGGUGGAGAUAAUUUGGUGAAUAGUUGUAGAACAUUGCAUCCAGGACCAGUUAGUUUGUUGCAUUGGAGUGGUAAGGGGAAACCUUGGGUUAGGCUUGAUCAAGGGAAUCCUUGUCCUGUUGAUCUUUUAUGGGAACCUUAUGACCUGUAUAGACUCAGCUCAAGUGAUUCUUUUGACCUGCAACAGCAGUGAUGGUUUAUGCAUCGGUGUAUAGAAGUUGAAACUCCUUAGCGAAAAUUCUUUGAUUCUUUUCCCGCAUUGGGAAGAAGUUAGAACUUCAUCCAGUAGUACUUUCCGGGGACUAUUUUGAUGAGUGCCCUGUGAGAGAUUUUUCUUGUGUAUAAAGAGCAAACGACUUGUUUAAAGCGAUUAUUCGUUCAUUAUUUUAGUGAUAAAGAGUAUUCUUUUGAUAUUGUCUGUGUGAAUCGUUAUUGUUAUUGUGAUGCAAUGGUUAAUUUUAUGAGGUGUAGCAUAUUUCUUUUGUAA